AUGCCUACAAGCGCAUCAGCUUCCCAAAUUCUCUUUUGCUCUAUAUCUACCAAUCUAUCUGCCCAUAUUUAUCUAUCGUUCUAUCUAUAUAUUUAUCUUUCUAUCUGCAUCUAUCUAUCGACAUCUAUUUAUCCAUCUAUAUCUAUCUAUCUAUCUAUCUAUCUAUCUAUCUAUCUGUUUAAAUAUUUAUCUAUUCAUCUAUCUAUCUCAGUUUGUUCAUAUCUAUCUAUCUAUCUAUCUAUCUAUCUAUCUAUCUAUCUAUCUAUCUAUGUGUUUACAUAUUUAUCUAACUAUUUAUCUAUCUAUCUCAGUUCGUUCAUAUCUAUCUAUCUAUCUAUCUAUGUGUUUACAUAUUUAUCUAACUAUUUAUCUAUCUAUCUCAGUCUGUUCAUAUCUAUCUAUCUAUCUAUCUAUCUAUCUAUCUAUCUAUCUAUCUAUCCCAUGCUGCUCAUAUUUCAUUUUGUUCAUAUCUCAUUCUGCUAUAUUCUCUCUCUUUUUUAUCUAUCUAUUUAUAUUUUUAUCUAUCUAUCUAUCUAUCUAUCUAUCUAUCUAUCUAUCUAUCUAUCUAUCUAUCUAUCUAGUUCUUGGCCCAUAUGA